AUGGGUAAUUGGGCUCAAUACUAUAUCCCGGCCACUGCGGCCAUCGGGACAGCCAUGUAUGGCAUUGAUACCGGUAUCAUCGCUACCACAAUCGGUCACAAAAGUUUCAACGACCACAUGUUUCCCCCAGACGGAGAGGACGCAGCUCUGACAGGCGCCGUCGUCUCCGUCUACAACGCCGGCCAGGCCGUGGGCACCCUCUUCGCAGGCUGGACCGCCGACAAGUUCAGCCGCAGAUACACCCUCACAAUCGCCAGCGCCAUCGCCAUCGUUGGCAUCCUGCUAUCCGUGAUCGGUACCAACGCCGGGAUGUUCAUCACGGGACGGCUGCUGACCGGCUGGUCGUCGGGGAUGAUUCUGCCCGUGUCCGCUAUCUACAUGGCUGAGGUCUCGAAGCCCAAGAACCGCGGCGUGAUCGUCGGCUUUCAGGGGAUGGGCACCGCGAUGGGCUUCUUCCUGGCAAACUGGAUCGGGUACAGCGGUAUUUUCUUUGAAGGAAACCUGCAAUGGCGGUUCCCCCUUAGCUUGCAGUUCCCCUGCGCCGUCUUGAUGUUGAUCGGCAGCCUUGUCGUACUACCUUUCACGCCACGUUGGCUCAUCUCCCAGGACAGGUUCGAGGAGGCGCGUGCUGUCCUGGCCAGGAUCCACUCCGACGAGAGCGAUGAGUUCAUUAACCAAGAGAUGAUCCAAAUUAGGGAGCAGACAGCGCUGGAGAGGAGCUACAAGAGAUUCGGGGGCGAGAAAUGGUACAGCAACUUCUUGAUGCUGUUCACAAGACAGUACAUUAAGAGGCUGGGUUUCGUCUGCUUCAUCCAGGCCUUGACUCAGUUCGGUGGCGUCACAGUUAUCCAAAAUUACCAAAAUAUUUUCUAUGGCACUGUCGGUUUUACAGGAGAUACCGCACUACUCAUCAGUGGAAUUUACGGCAUCAUGGGCCUUGCAGGCCAGAUCAUCAACCUCUUCGUCGUAGCCGACCGCUGGCGCAGAACAACAACACUAUGGGUAGGCUGCCUCGUCCUCGCAAUAAUGCUGGCCAUUUGCGAGGCCCUCAGCGCCCUGUUCUCGGACGGCUCCAACCAGGCAGCCUCGCGCACCACCAUAGCGUUCAUAUUUCUGUAUUCCAUGUUCUUCGCCAUCUUCUUCAAUUCCACAAUGUGGGUCGUGUGCUCCGAGCUUCUCCCCGUCUUCAUCCGCUCCAGCGGUCUUGCAGUGGGCACCUUUGCCUCCGGCGUUGCGUCCAUCAUCAUCUCUCAGAUCACGCCUAUCGCGUUGGAGAACAUAUCGUGGAGGUACUACAACGUCUUCAUUGCGGCCAACCUCUUGGGCGUCGUGGUUUACCUCUUCUUCCUGCCCGACACCAAGGGCAAGACGCUCGAGGAGAUUGGCGAACUGUUCGGAGACACGCUUGCUACGGCUCACAUUGGGGACAUUGACGUGGAUGGGAAGCAGGGAGCGGAUGUCAUCGAGCUUGAGAAUCCUAGCUACAUCAAGAGUAGGAACGUGUAA